CACUCUUUUUUUGGCCCAAGGACGUUUGGAUAAAAUCGGUCCAUUAUUUCGCCUAGCCCCCCGUUCCUCCCGAAUAAGGCCUCUGGGCUCAUAAUUAAGUUAAAUGUUCUAUUAUGUCAACAAAAGUCGGAAAACUUAGUUUUAUGCAACUUGUAAUGAUAUUAUGGAUUUUUGUAAUGAACAUAAAUAUUUACAAACUCCCUUUUAAAUAAUCACCAUUUUAACUUACUGACUGAUGUAGGGUAUCAUAUUCAUACUUGUUGUUUUUAUGAAUGUCUCGGAUGAUUACUCUUUCCAUACCUGACCAACCGCAAUGUGUGAGCUAUGUCUUGACAUAUUAAUGGAGUUCGAAAGGGCGGAAACCAUCCCUAGUUUAGGUUGUUGUGUAAAGUUUCACAUACAGUCUGAAGAUUGCAGGACAGUCUGCAACGGGACAGCAAUGGUCAUAGCUAUCUCUGACUUUAGAAAAAGUUCUUUUACAUGGACCAGUGUAAGAUAUAUAAAUAAAAAUUGCCACCUACAUUUUCUUUAUAAGUCAUAAAGGGGCGAUGGUGAGCCUUUGGCCCUCAAGAAAGGGCAAAAGUCUCAUCUUCCUAGUGUAAUGUUGUCGUGUAAAGUUUCAGAUAUGGCUGAAGAUUGCAGGACAUUACGCAACGGGACAGUAAUGGUCAAAGAUAGCUACAUUAGUUUAGAGAAGUUCUUUUACAUGGACCAGCGUCAAUUAUGUAUAAAAAUUGCUAACUGCUUGUUCUUUAUAAGUCAUAAAAUUGCUGUGGUGAAACCUAGGCCCUUAAGGAAGGCGCACUAGGGAUUUCUCUCCCCAUAAUUUUUUCUUGGAAAUUAUUUAGUGGUUGUAAAUUAGUAACAUUUUAGAAAUAUGAAAUCAUUGGUUUAACAUUAGCUGUUUCGAUGCAUUCCUGUUAAAUAUACAUUCACCUCAUCAGAUUUGUCCAUAAUUAGUUUUCAUCAAUAUAAGACCAGUUUUGAGCUAUCAAAAUAAUCAAUUUUUUCAGUUACGCAAAGAUGUCGUUCCAAAGACAGCAGAAAAUUUCCGUGUCCUAUGUACGGGUAAAAAAGGUUAUGGUUUCAAAGGUUGCACUUUCCAUCGUGUCAUACCGAAUUUUAUGUGUCAAGGUGGCGAUUUUACAAAGAAUGAUGGUACCGGCGGCAAAUCAAUCUAUGGCACUACAUUCAAGGAUGAGAAUUUUAAACUAAAACAUACUGGUCCCGGCAUUCUAUCCAUGGCCAAUGCCGGUCCAAAUACCAAUGGUUCACAAUUUUUCAUUUGCACCGUUAAAACACCUUGGCUAGAUGGACUGCAUGUAGUGUUUGGUCAAGUUAUACAAGGUAUGGAUGUUGUUAAGAAAAUUGAAUCUUUUGGUUGUCCCGAAGGACGUCCCAUGAAACAUAUUGUUAUUGAGGAUUGUGGUGAAUUGAAAUAGAUUAAGUUGUUAUUGUUGUUAUUACUAAAAACGAAUAUUUAUAGUUGUUGCAUAAUGGGCCAUAAUUUUAUUGUAGGAAUUUCUAAAAUAAAAUUUAUUUAUGGUUAAGUAUUGUAGUCAAUAAAGAAAGUCUUAGAUCUUAAAAA